AUGCACCACCUCAUCACAGCACUAAAGCCUGGCCCUUUCGUUGACAGUCUGUGCAAGAAGCCCGUGAACAAUCUGGAUGAGCUUCGGACCAGGGCCACUAAAUUCAUGCAGAUGGAGGAACUGAAAGAAUUCUGCAAUACAACUCGACCGGACGCACAGGAGAAGAGGCACCAUGAUAGAGAGUACACACCCCUCGUGUCCAAUAGAGCCAGAAUUCUGGAGGAAGCACUGAACACCGAUAUAAUAACAGCCCCUCGAAGGGCCCCGACUCCCCCGAACGCCGAUACCACCAAGCAUUGUCGGUAUCACCGAAAUUAUGGGCAUACAACAGAGGAAUGUUUUACCUUGAAAGACAAAAUCGAGGAACUGAUACAGGCGGGACACCUAAGAAGAUUCGUAAAACGGGAAGGUGGGGGAUUCUCUUCAAGGGGAGAACGAGAAAAAUGCUACGAGGAGCAACCACGAAGGACGUCAGGGUACCAAGAAAGGGAAGGAGAGGGCACCCGCAGAAGGGCCGAACCCAAAAAAGAUGAUGAGCGGGAUACGAGAGAAAGACCAUUGAGAGGAGUAAUUAAUUACAUUUUAGGAGGCUUCACAAGAGGUGGGGCCACUACGUCUACAAGGAAGAAGUAUGUGCGAGCGAUUCAGAGUGUCAAUGUCGUGACAGUAUGUCCCAGACGGCACAUGCCACCUAUCACGUUCCGAGACGACGAUUUCCAAGCGAUCGACCCCCAGCAUGAUGACCCAAUGGUGAUAUCAGUAGAGAUCGAGGACUUCGCGGUCAGGAAAACCUUGGUGGACCCGGGUAGUUCGGUGGACAUCCUAUACUGGGGCACUCUCAGAAAACUGAAAAUUCCAGAAGGGGAGAUCCAGCAAUACUCAGAGCCGAUCGUGGGCUUCGUAGGGGAGCGAAUGAAUACGAAAGGCUACGUUGACUUGUUCACCAAGUUCGGGACAAGAAUGGUAACACGAACGGUAAAAAUCCGAUACCUUAUUGUUGAUGCUCACACCUCUUAUAAUAUUUUGCUAGGGAGACCCUCGUUGAAUAUGCUUGGUGCAGUAGUCUCCACAUAUCACUUGGCCAUGAAGUUUCCAUCCGCCUCAGGAGACAUAAUCACGGUGCAUAUAGACCAACCGACUGCUCGCAGAUGCUACGCGGACAGUUUGAGAGAAAGACCCGAGUCUCCUCCCAGACGUGCAGUGAAUAAUGUUGAGAAGGUCCCAGGGGAAGCAGAAGUAGACCUGGACCCUCGGGUCAGCAGCGAGGAGAGGGUGGAACCAAUCGAAACCACAUAA